AUGAGCUCCACACUGCCGCUGCACAUGUACAUCCGCCCUUUGCUGGUCGAAGAUUCUCAUGAAAUAAGUGAGCUUGAAAGUAGGGGAUUCCCACCAGAAGAGAGAGCGUCUCGUGAGACAACUGAGUUCCGUUUGAGAGUGUGUCCCGAAUUGUGCUCGGGGCUUUUCAUCCGGGACGUGGAUGGCGUCGAAGUCAAGGGCGAAAAGCUGAUUGGCCACAUCAUGGGCACCAAGAUCCCCGCUUCGUCCGAUGGCUCGAAGAUUACUUUGGAAAGCAUGAUUCAGGUUCACGACGAGGCUUCCAGCACUGUGGGUAUCCACUCGGUGGUUAUUGCACCCGAGCACCAGAAAAAGAAUCUGGCCACUUUGCUGCUCACAGACUACAUUCAAAAGCUCAGUAACCAGGAAGUGGGUCAAAGAAUAGCUAUCAUAGCGCACGAGCCCUUGGUUCCCUUUUAUGAACGCAUCGGCUUUCAACUACAAGGUGAGAACGUCCAAGUCAAGUCCGAUCCUGCUUUUGGCAAGUCCAAAUGGUGCGAUAUGGUUCGUGAGCUGGUCAAAGAGGAGUACGAGAAUUAG